GCUACCCGGGGCCGUAGCUGCAGCGCGCUGGGGCCGCUGCCUGGGGACGCUCCUCCCGGGCUGGAGUCCCGACUGGCUUCCCCGGUACACGUCGAUCCCGUUGCCUUCCCCGGACGCCACCGAUCUUCUCCCGGAUCCUUUUCCUCCGUAACCUGCUGUUUUCCUUUUUCCUGCCUCCUGGCUCCCAUCUCCCGAAUCCGCAUCUCCCACGCCUGCUCCCGGGCCGCGUAGCCGACCAUCCUCACCAUCGCACUUGCCAUCGUCCUGCCUAUCCGCCCUUCCUUGACCUCAGAUCCUUGACCGACAGAGCCCUAACGUAACCUUCUCCCCAGUCUCUCCUAAACUCCUUUUUCUUCUCUCUCUGCCAGCUCCUGACUCCCAAAGUCCAGCUAACCCUUGACCUCUUGACAUUUGACCUUAACAGUCUCGACUCCAGACCUCUCAGUUCCUAUCUCCCGCAGCCCCGACUGCUAAGACUGAGGCCCUCCCCCUGGCUUCUGACCCCCGUCUCUGAAGCUCUUUUUUUACUUUCUUACCCCUGAGCCACUUCCUGUUACUGCUACCCCACCAUGGACUUCUUAAUGAGCGGCCUGGCAGCCUGCGGGGCCUGUGUGUUCACCAACCCCCUGGAAGUGGUAAAGACCAGGAUGCAGCUUCAGGGAGAAUUGCAGGCCCCCGGCACCUACCAGCGGCACUACCGAAACGUCUUCCAUGCCUUCAUCACCAUCGGCAAGGUGGACGGCCUGGCUGCCUUGCAGAAGGGACUGGCCCCCGCCCUCUUAUACCAGUUCCUGAUGAAUGGCAUCCGGUUGGGCACCUACGGGCUGGCUGAGGCUGGGGGCUACCUGCACACUGCCGAAGGCACCCUCAGCCGUCCCCGAAGCGCGGCAGCUGGGGCCCUGGCUGGGGUCAUGGGAGCCUACUUGGGAAGCCCCAUCUACAUGGUGAAGACACACCUGCAGGCACAGGCAGCCUCGGAAAUUGCAGUAGGGCACCAGUACAAGCAUCAGGGCAUGUUUCAGGCGCUAAGCGAGAUUGGCCAGAAACAUGGUCUGGUGGGGUUGUGGCGUGGGGCCCUGGGCGGCCUGCCCCGAGUUGCCAUCGGUUCCUCCACCCAGCUGUGCACCUUCUCAUCCACCAAGGACCUCAUCACUCAGUGGGAGAUAUUUCCUCCCCAGAGCUGGAAGGUGGCUCUGGUGGCCGCCAUGGUGAGUGGCAUCGCAGUGGUCCUGGCCAUGACGCCAUUUGAUGUAGCCAGCACGAGGCUCUACAACCAGCCCACAGAUGCCCAGGGCAAGGGCCUCAUGUACCGGGGAAUUCUGGAUGCUCUGAUGCAGACCGCUCGGACAGAGGGCAUUUUUGGCAUGUACAAGGGUAUAGGUGCCUCCUACUUCCGCCUUGGCCCGCACACCAUCCUUUCCCUCUUCUUCUGGGACCAGUUACGCACCCUCUACUACACGUACACCAAAUAACGACAGCCACUCCUUCCCACACCACCAGAUCAGCGCUCCUUAGCUUCACUACUGUGCCCUGGUGACUCCUGACCAGCUGAUCUUUUCAUCCGUCCCAGGGGGACAGCCAGCUCCACUCCCUAUCUGUCUUCUCAGGGUUGAAUCACUACAAGGGAUAGUUUCCCUCUCUUUCUUGGGUGUCACUUUCUUUAACCCUUCCCUACCCGUCUUCCCAGACAACUUCACACCCCUCUCUCAGGGCUGAACCAGUCACUCCAAAGUAUUUCCUCCUUUUAUUUGGGUGCCCUUAGGUCCCUUCUGAUCCUAUGCACAAACUUUACACUCCCCACUUCAAGAUCAAAGGGAAACGGCGGGGGGACCCCAGGUGUGUUGUCGGAUGUCACAGCACAGAGAUGAUCUUAGGUA